UUUUUUUUGUUAGGCCUUACUCUUUAUGACUGUGUGUCAAAUGUAACACAUCCAGCACACAAAGCAAUUAAGUAAAUCCAGUGUACAUUAUCAACUGUUAAGCAGCACAAAGAAAAAAGACCAAGAGGACAAGAAAUACCCAGAUUUAACCUGAAAGGAAGAUGAGGGAGAUCAUGACCAGAAGGUGGCGGUAAUGCGACAUAUUGGAUACCAAUCGCUGGGCCCUCGAGUCACAUCAGACCAAAACCAACCAGCAGACAAUUUUCUUGUCAUCCAAGUGUUCAAUGCCUAACACUGCAGAAAGUGAAGGCGGUAACAUAUCUGGUGCCAAAGACUCGGCACCCCAAUCACAGUUGCAGAGCCAAGACAAUGAUCGCGGCUUCCUGAACCCCUUCAACCGUGAAACGCAGCGUACCAGACGGGCUUCCAGCGCCGAGCUUCAGCUCCCAUGGACGUGCCCAGUCACACAUUCCAGGGAGAAAUUCUACACAGUAUGCUCUGAUUAUGCACUACUCAAUCAAGCACGGCCAAUCCUCACCCCCAGAGAUGUUCCCCAGCUGAGCCAUGACAGCAGCACACCACUGAGUCAAUCAAACACCAUCAGUAUUUCCCAGGGUCAGGCUGGAGGAAUCUGUACACAUUCAGGUGAUGUCUGUGAGAUAGAAGAGACAUUGUCCAGCAGUUCCAAGCCCAUUCUAGCCUGGGAGAUCGACACCACUGACUUUGAUGCCGUUUUGACCCGAAAAGCCAGGACAAGUAAUAUAAAGAAAUUCGGCUUGAAGAAAAUGAAAUCGUCUGACAGAUCGAGCAGAAAUGUGCUGGAUCUUCCACCCCAAGCGUCUCUGGAAGAAAUCAAGCAGAGAAAAGUCCUAGACUUGCGCAGAUGGUACUGCAUAAGCCGCCCUCAGUAUAAAACCUCGUGUGGCAUUUCCUCACUCGUCUCAUGCUGGAACUUCCUGUACAGUACAAUUGGAGCGGGAAGUCUCCCACCCAUUUCCCAGGAGGAGGCUUUACAUAUUCUUGGUUUCCAGCCUCCAUUUGAAGAUAUCAAGUUUGGACCUUUUACUGGGAAUGCAACUUUAAUGCGAUGGUUCAGGCAGAUCAAUGACCAUUUUCGUGUUCGAGGAUGUUCUUAUAUUCUGUAUAAACCCCAUGGGAAGCACAAGACUGCAGGAGAGACGGCUGAAGGAGCUUUGCUUAAGCUGACCCAGGGAUUGCGGGAUGAAUCUAUGGCCUAUAUUUAUCACUGUCAGAACCACUACUUCUGCCCUGUGGGUUUCGAAGCUACACCAUUAAAAGCAGCCAAAGCUUACAGGGGACCACUAGCUCUGCACGAAAUGGAGCACUGGAUUCUUAUUGGAGAACCAAGCAGGAAACAUCCUGCCAUCCACUGUAAAAAGUGGGCGGAUAUUGUGACUGAUCUGAACACACAAAAUCCAGAAUACUUGGAUAUUCGCCAUACAGAAAGAGGCAUUCAGUUUCGGAAAACCAAAAAGGUAGGAGGCAACUUACACUGUCUCAUGGCCUUCCAAAGGGUGAACUGGCAGAAAAUCGGACCUUGGGCACUAAACCUGGAGAAUCUAAGGCACGAUAACCACCAACAGGGGGGUGAUCAUAGGUGCCAGAGUUCCUCGGGGGAUGCUGUAGAUGAUGUUGAGACCAAACACGGGCACUUGGGCCGCUCUCACGGCACAGGGAAUCAGAAAUCGGAGCAAGGAUGGAAACGGAUAUCCAAUACCGCAGAGUACAGUCACAGAGGCUGCCCUGACAGCGACCUGGAUGAGGACAUCGCUGACUGAAACUGAAGUGGUUAUAUUUCCACUGAGAGUUCUGCACAGUUGUUUAAGCCAGUCAACAUUUGGGGUAGGAAAUGAGGGAGGAAUUACUGUAUUUUCUUGCUUCUGCUCAAUUCAGAGACUUCAGGUUGGUAAAAAACAGGCAAAUCAAAUAAAAACGUGCAGCUGUCCAUAAACCCAAAUGUAAAGUGAUCAUAUUAUUUGUGUGACACAUUCCAUUAGAGUCAUUUCAGUCAUGUGCUUCAGAGAAGGACUUGUUUGUGAAUACCUGAAGCAAGAAAUGGACUAAUUUAGUGAGUAAAUCACAUUAAAGUACGUGUAUAAUGUAUGUUAUGAUUAACGUUUAAAGUGCAUUAACAUCAAUAGAAGCCAUGAGGAAAUAGAACACCCACACUGAUGAGGUGAAACAGGACGACUGUUUUUUCGGGACAGUGAGCGCUCUCCUCAUUUAAGGCAAUGGACUCAUAUGAGAGAUAACUGAAAUGAAACAUCGCUGACACUUUUGUAAGUGUGUGGUGUCUGAAUAUCAGUUCUUUUGUGGAAAGCUGUAUGAAAAACAUGAUGGCUUUCAAGUUA